AUGCUAAAAAGCAACCAAGCUCCCUUCCCAGGCAGCACAGGCCAGACUGGAGGAGCCAUCCCCAGUGCUCCAUUCAACAUGCUGCCUCCACUCUUCCCUCUCCUGCCCUUCAACAUUCCUCCACCACCUCCUCCGCUAAAUUUUGCUGCCAUGACAGAGGAUGAGGUCCGCCAGCUGGAAGGAAACGAAAGACAACAUGUCGAGGCCAGGAUCAAGGUCUUGAGGAACAUUCAAACUCUUCUGGAUGCAGCAGUUGUUCAGAUGAACCAGUAUGCAUCAGUUGUUGCAUCACUAGACAGUCAGUCCAUACCAAGGAAUGUUGCACCACAACAGGCUGGAGCAACAGAGACUGCAUCAGAACCGGAGCCUAGUUCUUCAGAGGCAGCAGAGCCCAUGGUGGCUGCAUCAGUGGCCUCUAAUGAUGAAGCAGCCAGAAGUGAAGUGACCUCAUCAACCUCUGCAGCUGCUAGUCCGUCUUCCUCGUCCAGUACCACCACAACGCCAGCCUCUGCGGACACAUCAACCCCAGACGACAUGCACCCUGACAGCCCACAGGAAAUCCGGAGGCGACGCCUAGAGCGGUUCACUCAAAACACUUAGGGUCUGCAGCAAUUUUCUUAGAGAUAUUUCCUUUUAUUUUCAUCAGUCUGCACACUUAAGACAUGGGAUAAGACUGUGCAUUAGGGGAGAGGAUUGGUGUGGAUGGAUUUUUUUCUUGUUUCUUUUUGUUUUUUUGUUUUCCUUGCUAUUGGAUAUAUCAUUCAGAAUGGCCCUCUAGUUUCUUGAUAUUGUUUUGCACAUAUAUAUAUGUAUGAAUAUACAAGAGGGUUGGUGUGUUGGUGAAUUAGUGAUAUGUCUCAAAUGGGGGUAAUAUAUAUCAAAAUUGUCUAUUUUUCUUAGGGUGGACACUGCUGCAAUAUUAUUUAGAAGGAAUGUAAGGAAGGAAACAUACAUUCUAAGGCUGCACAUAUAUGGUGAUUACAUGUUUUUUAUAAAUGACUGAAUAUAUAUCUAUAUGUAUAAAUGUACGUAGGUUUCUACUCAGAAAAAAAAAAUCAGACCCCUCCCUAAAAAUUACAUGAAUUACAGACACAGACAUACACAAGUACACGCAGAUGCAAACGGAAACUUCGUGCAUAUACAGUAUGUAGUGAGGUUUAUUUAUUUUGCCAUAUGUACUCUAACUAUUUCCUGAAGUGAUUGUCGUAAUGGAUUGGUAGAUUUUGAAAGAAAAAUCAUGCAUAUUAUUAAAUGAUUAUAAAGGCUCACUUAUUCUUUCAUAUUUUUUUUUUAUUUUAUUUGAUCUUGUGUUAGUUUUUAUUUUUGAUCAUGCAAGUACUGCUGAUAAUACCUACAGCUACAACUAUAGUGAAUGAGUCCAUAUGUGACAGACCAAGUGUGUGAAUGGGAGUGGGUGUGUUCUAGUGUGCAUGUCAUUGUAUUUGUUUAGUAUGUAUGGAUGUAUGUAUAUAUGUGUGCAUGUGUAUAUACAUGCAUACAAGCAUACAUAGUUGUGGUUGUAGUGUUAUUCAUAACAGUAAUAAUAAUAUAAGUAUUAUGAUUAAUCUUGAGAGUUAAAUUCCAUCCACAAACUUAAGAUUUUGUACAUAAUUUGAAGAAGUGUAAAUGUCUUGUAAGUAUUUGAGUUAUGUAAGGAAAGCCUCUGGCUUGCCAUAUGGGUACUUGUUGAGCUUGUACUCUUUGGUGGUGAAAACACCAUUGUUUUCCAUUCCUGUGUUCUGUAAAAAAUGUUAAAUUACAUACGUAAGUUCUUUUCUUUUUAUGAUUAAUGUUUUCUGGUAAGGAAUAAUGGACCUCUGCAAAAUGUUAUUCCAUUUAUUUCUCCUUUUCAUUUUACUGAGGUUGUCACCAAUGAUUCUUUGGGGAAGGUAAAGAGGUGUCCCAUGGAACCGAUUCCAGUUAGGAUGUUGAGCAUCUUAUUUGACCCUUUCUAACUUGUAUUGCAUUUCCUUCAAACAUUCAAGCAAGCUUAAUUAAGAGCGUGCAUUUAUAGGUUUUUACCAUGCUGGACUUUGCCCUCAUGGUACCCUU